AUGGGACUGAGGACAGACGCAAGAACCACUCGUAAUAUUCCGUGCGACGGGACAAUUGGUUCGAGAUUUUUUUUCUCUCUGGUUGACACAGGAUCGUGUGCAAUCGCCAAUUAUGACUCUCUUCAAUGGAAUUCGACCAUUCUAUCCCCACGACAGAACAGCGUUCAUUUUUGCCAUCACCUUACUCGUGGUUAUCCUGGUAUUCCUGGUGUUUACCCUAACGCUGCUCAUUAUCCUCCCGGGAAUCAGAGGGAAAGGGAGAGUUUACUCCUUCUGCAGAAUUAUUGUAAGCCUUUUUGUUGGAGCUGUUAUUGUAGUGGUGAACUUUACUGGUGACUGGGCAGCUGGAUUUGCCAGGGUGAGCACAAUUUACAAGGCUUUCAGUAAUGAGGCAAUCACUGCAGAAGUGGGACUCAACAUUGGACUGGCAGGAAUUAAUGUGACUCUGAGAGGAAUCCCUGAGAACCAGCUGAAUGAAACCAUAGACUACAACGAGAGCUUUCUAUGGAGAUUUACAAUGAAUUACGAUGAGCAAUAUAACAAUGGGCUUAAUCGAGGGCUUCCACAUCCAAUUUUGUACAUUGCUGAGAAGUUUCAGAGCAAAAGCCCCUGUCUUAUUCAUGACCAGUACAGGUUCUCUGGCCAUUAUGCAACAGCCAUGAUGUGGGUGGCAUUUUGUGCCUGGAUCAUCACUAACAUUCUCUUCUCCAUGCCAACUAUUGUGUACGGAGGCUACAUGGCAUUGGUCACAUCUGCAUUCAUGAUCUUUGGAGUCAUCUCAUUUGCCACUAUACAAAAUGUAUCGCCAUGCAUCAUUCAGUUUGGCCCAACAACACUGAAGACUAAUUUCAGUGUCUCCUUCUGGCUGACAUUAGCAACUGGAUUACCAUGCAACACCUGGCUCACUCAACAGUGUGACAGCUUCACUGGGCAACUCCUGAAGGAUGUCAAAAUUCCACUGCGUACAUGAUUUUUUUUAAAUGACUAUUUUCAUUAGAUUAUUUUGUGAAAUGGCAGGUAGAGCCUUGAGCCAACUCUGUACCAUUGAAAGUGAGCACAAUCAUGUGGAUAAUUUGAUAGCGCAGCCGUUUUGUACCUAUACCUUCUUUUGGAGUAUUUGGAGAAGCAAGUCUUGGAUUAACUGCAACAAUUCAAAGAGGGACAAAUUAUUCAUAAUCAGACUUAACCUUUUUUGUUCUGAAGCUAAAAAAUGCCAAUGUUUAAACAUGUGAAAUCUGGCAAAAAGCCACAAUGAGCAGUAGGAUACAAGAAAUCUGCACUUUAAUAGAUUAGAGUUAGCUAUCUUAGUGAACACUUUACAGUCAUAGAGAUGUACAGCACAGAAAAAGGCCUUUCAGCCCAUUGAAUCACGGCUAGACGAAAACAGCCACCUACCUAUUCUAAUCCCAGUCUCUGGCACUUGGCCCGUAGCCUUGUCUACUUUGUAGUGAGAAUUUUCAAAUCAAGAGCAAAUAUGGUUCAAGUUGUUUUGGCUUUGAUUUGGGAAUUGAGUGAUAAUUACACAUGUAGAUAUGUUUUCUGUAUUUAAAUGAUCAACCCUGUUAACAUCCCAUUGAAACAUGCCAGCUUCUGACAGGGCUGAUCAAGUAGAUUGUGAGAGAUUAUUCCUGUUUGUCUGGAAUCUGAAAUGCAGGGCACCAUCACUGGACAAAGGAUCGAUGUUUUAGGACUGAGAUGAGGCGUUUGUGAUUCUUUGAAUUCUCUAUCCAAGUGAGUUGAGGAUAUUCUAUCACUGACUACAGUUAAGGCUGGGAUACACAAGUUUUUUGAUCUCUCAGGGAUAUGGGACUUGGGCAUGAAAAUGAUGUUAAAGCCUAAGUUCAAAUAUGAUUGUAUUGAAUGGCAGAAGGGCUGAAUGGUCUGUGCCUUUUUAUAUAACAAUCUGCAAAUGCUGUCAGUGAUUUGGCAGAUGAUUUUAACUCCUUGUCAACAUAGUUUUGAGAUGAAUACCUGUUACUGGGCUUCACAAGGAUGUAGACUUACGGGAAAUGUUGGUCUCGAAAUCAAAGGCACACAGCUUUUUAUUUUUCUCUCCAUGGCACAAAAAACUCAAGAAUCUGGUGUCACUUUCUGAUCUCAUUGCGAAAUCAACUCAAGCAUUUGUUGGCCAAAUGAAAUGUAACCUGAUUACUGUGUGAUAAAGCUAAGACUGGAAGAACAAGACUGUGUUUAAUAUGUGAAAGCAGUCAUUUUAAGGAGUCAAAUGUGUACUACUGCUCAUUAUGAGUUGUGGAUUUGUACACACGGGUACGGACAGCUCUUUUGCAAAUAGUCAAGCAAAAUCCUAAACAUGGGAAUGUAUGUAUUUUUUAGUGCAGAUAGGGAGCAAGGAGGUGUCUGCCUAAUUACAAAUAUAGUACCAAAUGAUUUGUUACUGAUGAACAAGUUUUCUUUUAUCUUGGUUUUAAAUUAUUCUUAAUUUCUUAUUUAUUAAAUAAAAUUGAAUGAGAUGCAA